AUGCCUGGUAAAUCCAGGUUAGGCCAACACUUAGAUCCAGCAAAAUUCGCUUCUCUAAAAGGCUUUCUCAUCUCAUCCGAUGAGGAUGACGACUCCGAAGAAGAACAGGUCAACACAAUGGCACAUUCGAAACAAAAGCAUACGUCGUUGGAAGAAGAAGAAGAUGAUGAUGUGGGGGACGCCGAGGUGGAGUGGAAUCGAGACUUGCAUAAACCAGAGAAGUCAUUUGUUGCAAGCAGAUGUAGUAGCAGUGGCAGGAAAAGAUAUCGACAUGAGCAGCGACGGCGGUCACAAAAAUCGGCAUCGCCACCAGCACAUUCUCGUCAUAGGUCAUCUAGAACAAAGAUGAAAAGCCCUGACAAGAGAGCGCUCUCCAGAGAGGUGACAACUUCCAGCGAUAGUGAGAAGGAGGCAAAACACAUCAACAGAGAAGGGGAGGUUAAGUACGAUCGAAGUCUUGUUAAACAGAGUAGCAAGGAUAAAUUGUCUCGUAAAGGACACGAUAAUGAGGAUCGGAGCAUGACUAAUCGACCGCCUCCAAGACAAGGCGAUGUCUCUCGUAAGCCCUCCUACUCGCUGCAAGUCUGUAUUUAUGUUUGA